AUGGGCGCGUUGUCGAGUUUGGUGCGCGUGCUGUUAAUGAGCUGCCUUGCGGUACCGGUGUUCGGUACCAACACCGACUUCUCCAGCCAGCGAACCUGCGAACCGAUCCGGAUCGAACUGUGCCAGGGCAUUGGCUACAAUGAAACGUCCCUACCGAACAUCGUCGGGCAUGAGCUGCAGUCGGAUGCAAACUUCACGCUCCAGACGUUCUUCCCGCUUAUAAAGUUCGGUUGCAGCAAUCAGCUGAUUUUCUUCCUUUGCGCCACAUACGUUCCCAUGUGUACGCCUAAGGUCUCGAUGCCAAUCGGACCAUGUAGGAGCCUCUGCAACACGGUGAAGAACCGCUGCCAUCCGAUCCUGCAAGGGUUCGGUUUUCCGUGGCCAUCCGUGCUGGAUUGCAACCGGUUCCCGGCGGAGAACAAUCACGAGAACAUGUGCAUGGAAGGUCCAGGCGAACCGGCUGACGUACUCGUCUCAGACCGGAACGGUUGUCAGGGAAUGCAACGGUCCAAUCUGUACGUACAGCUAAACCGGUCAGGUCGAUGUGCGCCUCUGUGCGAGGCUGAUAUCAUGUUCGAGCAGGGCGAGAAACACUUCGCUGAGGUGUGGCUAACGUCCUGGAGCGUUGCUGCUCUUGGGACGGCCAUUGUGGCCACGCUCUGUCUCAUCUUGUCAACCAAACGAUGGGAUAAGAGCCUAAUGCCGCUCGUCAUCAGUCACUGUUUGGUGACGGUUGGGUGGGCCGUAAGGUGGUUGGCAGGUCGCAACGCCACCGCUUGCGGUUAUGACCCGCAGCUUCCGGGUGUGGCGCUGUUGCUCACUGAUGGACUCUCGACGGCACCCUGUGCGGCUACGUUCCUGCUUCGGUACUACUUCGGCCUAUCGGCGGCUGUGUGGUGGGCGAUUUUGUGCCUGCGGUGGAGCAAAUCCGUCCGUCGGCUGCUCGGAACAGAGCUCGGCGUUCCGUGUGAUCCUCACGCCGAAAAACCAGAUCCAGCUCACGACACGUUGUUCCAGCUAGCCGCCUGGGGUCUUCCAGCAUUGCUUACCGUCACCGUGCUCGUGGCACGUCUCGUCGACGCGGAUGAACUCUUCGGAUCCUGCUUCAUCGGCAACCAGUCCGAUAAGGCGCUGCUAACGUUCGUGAUCGUACCCCUGCUGACGAGUUGGGUCAUCGGUUCUGGUUACCUUUUCACUGCGUACCUCCGCAAGCGAUCGGCUGCACCGCCUCUCGUACACAACCUUCCGGUUCACAUCCACGGUAUGGGCAAGUUCCUGUUCAUCUACGCCGUCCCAUCGGCGGCUCUGCUGAUGCUGAUGUUCUACGAGUACGCAUGUCGCGAGAACUGGCUGCAUCUACCGCAUCCUUCCCAGGAUUCGCCCGUACCGGUUAGACCUCCACUGUGGCCGUUCCUGUUGCGAGCCUUCAUCGAACUGCUGAUCGGUGUCCUUGCAUCGGCUUGGGCCGUUGGUCCGCGGAUCGUGGGACUGUGCCGGGGUGCCGAAGGUCCCGUAUCGGGUGUUGGAGCUGGAGGACUCGGUGUGGGAGGACGUACCGGUCAGAGCAAGCUAGGACCGGCAGGAUCCGUGUACAAACAGACAGUUGGACCGAAGAUGGGUGGUUUUGCGGCUGCUCCAUCGACCUACUCGACCGCUUCAUACCAAACGGUGUGCCCGCAGAAUUCGCUUGUAUCCGGACGACACACCCGGAAGUAUCCAUCGCAUUCACACAUCAACCGGAAACCACGCAGCUACAAGAUGUCGACGCAAACGAUCAGCUUAACCGGGAACGAGACGGUCCUGUGA